AUGGCGUCCACCCCCUCCGCCUUUGAGCUCUCAUCAACCUACCUCGCCGCUCUCAGUGAAGCGCUCGGGCAGACGACCGCUCAAGCCAACGCACUGCCCGCCUCGAGCGACCUCUCGUUCGAACGAACGCUCUCCCGCGCCCUCGCCAGGAAGCUCGACGCCCACUCCGAACGAGUCCUCGCGCUCGUACAGAACCUCCUCUCCUGGUCCACACAAGGCAUCGACCCCAAGGCUUCCCCUUCCCAGACGAGGCUAGAUGCCGAUCUGCUCCACGACGGCCUGUACACGAACGUCGUCGAUCGCCUCGAACCGCUGCUCGAAGCCGCCGACGACGAGCUCGAGAUUCACUUGGGGGUCUCCAAGAACCACACCUCCAAACACGCACCUCUACGCUCGAAUGUACCAGGAAUAAAGUCCAAAUCCGUCCCGGGACCUAGCAAGGAUCGACUCGCGCCUCAUCUGCUGCACGAUCCCAAUACGGUCAAACCACAACUUGCAUUCCCCGAACGCUUGUGUCUUCCGAGACCUGGUCUGGAUGAUCAAGUGCUACCACUCGAGGAACCCAUUUGGAAACCGCUCUUGCGGCGCAAAGUGCACUCGCUCUCCAACUCGAACGAGAACGCCGACGACCGAGCCUCGUGGCUUCGAGUGGUCCACACACGACACACCGAUCGCUUCUCCUCCAUCACCGGCACAGAACCACCCUCCUACCCCAUCUGUCUCCAUCCGUACCAGGCCGAGAUUGAACAGCUCUCCCCACCGGCGCACUAUGCGAUCCGGCCAAAUCUUCCCGCGACACCCAACGAGCACUCGUUCGACAUCACACCCUUCGCAUGGGUCGACGACGAGCAAACGUUCGAGGCGAUGCUCAGUCAUAUCCGAGAGAUGGGGGAACAAGGCAAGAAGGAGUUGGCGAUCGAUUUGGAACAUCAUGAUCAGAGGACUUGGGGAGGAAUCACGUGUUUGAUCCAGGUCAGUCCCCGAGUCCGAAUUCAUUCCGUUCAAUCUCGUCCUUCUCACUAACGCAAUCCCGCCGUCUAAAUCAGCUGAGCACAAGAACCCAAGAUUACGUCAUUGACGCGCUCGAUCCCAUCGUCCGCGACCUUCUCGAACGUCUGAACGAAUUCACGACCGACCCCGACUGGAUCAAGGUCUUUCACGGCGCCGCAUCCGAUAUCAUUUGGCUUCAAAGGGAUUUCGGCAUUUACAUCGUCGGCUUGUUCGAUACAUAUCAUGCGACGCGGGUACUAGGUACGUACCACUUUUCAUCACUAUGCCACCUCCAUACCCUUCUCCUUACACGCCUUGUGAACCCCCCUCAGAUUACCCACACCACUCGCUCGCCUCCCUACUGGAAAAGUACACCGACUUUGUCCCCGACAAGCGUUACCAACUCGCCGAUUGGCGUAUCCGACCCCUCCCCGAGGCGAUGCUGCAUUACGCCCGAUCGGAUACGCAUUACCUUUUGGACGUAUACGAUCAUUUGAGGAUCGCUCUACACGAGCUCGAAACCCAAUCCGAUAGGACACCCGAGGGGGAAGGGAAGAUGCUCGUCGAUGGGGACGAGCUUCAAGUCAGUCCACUCGUGCGGGUCUUCAACCUUUCCAAAACGGUCUCCUCCUCCACCUUCUCCAUCCUUCCUUACGACUCUCAAACGGGUCACUUUGAAAAUGGCUGGUUAGGACUCCUAGCCAAGAACGGUCAACUACAGAAUUACGCUUCCGCUUUACGCGUACCUACCCUUCCCAUUCGAUCAGGUUGGGGACCCGGUCAGAUUCAUUUCGAGUUGAUGAAGGUCUUACAUCGUUGGAGGGAGGCCGUAGCUAGGGAAGAAGAUGAGAGUACGAGUUGGGUCUUGUCGAAUUGGGCUCUGUUCAAUUUGGCGGAACAGGCGCCUCGAGAGGGAGGGGAGCUCAUGAGGAUUGUUGGGGGGUCGAUGGGGAGGAAUGGAGGAGGCGUUGGGGAGGUGAUGAGGAGGAGGAAGGGGGAAGUCGUGGAGUGUAUUCUGAGGGUCUUACGAGAGGUUGAGAGUAGAGGGGAAAAGAAGGAGGGUGAGGUGGUGGUGGUUAGUGAGGCGCUGAAGGAGAGGGGCGAGGCGGCGAGCGAACCUGUCGUUAGGCCGGUGGUGGAGAGCUUGUGGAGUGAUGCCGUUGAACAGGUGGCCGAGGUCAAGGUCGUUGCCAAGUCGUCGUUUUUUGGAGCGUCGAACAAGGCUUCAACGUCCACUUCGUCGACUCAGAAUCUUGUCGCUUCAAAAAGUGGAUUCUUUGGCUCUUCCUCGUCAAAGAAGAUUCCCGCUCCGACAGUUCGAAUUUCGGCGGAUCUGACACCUCAACGUGCGGCUGCGAUCGCUAGGAUCCAUUCGUCAUUGUUGCUUGGGGGUGGAUUGGCGUCGGUGAGUGGACCGCGUCGACCGCUUGGAGAUGGGCUUGACUCGGACAGAGCGCUGACCUCUCUUCUGCUGUGCUCGCAGUCUUUGCAAGGUGCCAAGGUACCUGAGCCUCAAGCACCCACUCCUGUGGACACCUCCGUCGAUACGAACGACUCAGAAACCCACGCCAGCGCACUGACAGGCGACCACUCCUUCAUCCCCUUCGGCGAACGAACGACGAAGGACGCUCCUACACCAUCCACAUCAAAGCCGGAACCCGCACCAAAGCGUUCAGACAAGGACGUGAUUGUCGUUUCCUCCCUCGCGGACAAACCCAAGAAGAAGAAGCGAGCGUUACCCUCGCCUUCUAAUGAGGGUGACCUAACCCCAUCGACCGCGCCAAGUACGUCGACUAUGACUUCGUCCUCGGGUAGACCGAAUAAACCCUCCCCUUCCAAGAAACCCAAGCGCUCAAUGCUCGAAGUCGAACCGCACGAUUACUCUACCUCCAAAUCGAUCCUCGACGCCGAUCCUGCCUCCGUUGCCUCCCUGACUCAAGGUAAAAAAGGGAAGAAAAAGGCUAAAGAAACGGUCGGUCGAGCGGCAAAGGGUUUCGUGGUGGAUACGAGUGAGUUCAGGAAGGAACCGAGGGUCAAUAAAGCACCCAAGAAGGGGAACGUGUCGAGAAGUUUCGCACAGUAG